AUAUAUAAAAAGAAAAUAUAAAAAUAUUAAUUUAUAAAAAACUAUACGUACGUAUACUAAAAAGAGGAAUGUAAAUUAUAAAAUUCGUAAAGACAUGUAAAGUAUUUAGCACACAAAGCAUGAUUACCCAAAGAUAAAUCUUAAAAUUAGCUGUAAAAAGGAAAGAAAAAAUACAUUAAUAUUAAUUUCGAAAAUACAUAAAAAAAACAUUAACUAUAUAGCUAUUUAAACCAAAUUUAAAAAAAUCAAAAAUUAUUAAAGAAAAAAAACUAUUCAAGCAUAGAAGCAUACACAACAAGAUAACGAGAAAAAAAAGCAAAAACAAAGAGCUCUAAGCCGCCUUUAAUUAGUUAUUUUUAUAAAAUUGAAUGAAAACUAAAUCGAAAAACAAAAGCAACUCAAUCUCAAAAAUUUAUAUAUAAUAUUUAAAGCGAGGCAACUAACAAAUGUAGCGAGAAAAAUGAGUAGUACUAAACUCGAGAAUUUUGUGUAUAAACUUUAGGUUUUUUUAUUUUUACACUACAAGUGACAAAAUAUGAAAUUGAUUUACGGUAAAAGCAAAGGAAAUUGUAUGCAUAAGUAAUUAGCAAAAGAAAAAAAAAAACACAAAAACCAAUGGCAAAAAUACAGUUAAAUUAGUUAAGAAUUGACAAAACAAAAAAUAAACAAAAAGGAGAUAAAAGAAUAUGCUUCUGCACUAACAAGCAAAUAUUUCUAAAGCCAAGCUAAACCAUUUAUAAGCUUAAAUCGAGCAGUGGGCGUGGCACUUUAACUAGUUUCGUAGCAACUUUCGGCAGGCAUUCCAAAUGCUUUCGGCCAACUUCUGAUAUAAAUUUAACUAAGGCGAACAGGUGUCCUGCAUUUUUAGCAGUCGAAGCAGAAGAUUGAGCAGAGCAAACAGCAGAAUCCAAGCGAAUCGAACACAAAACCCAGCAGAAGCACACGCAUGUGGCACACAGAGCAAAAUAGGUUGACAGGAAAGGGGCGGGCAAGGCAAGAUAAAACUGAAAUCAAGAAAAAAUUGUAAACAGCAAAUAAUAAAAUCAAAAAGUAAAACUCCAAGGCGUUUCAAUGUGGGCCCAUCCCUAGGAGCAAUUCGUCACCUUAAAGGCAUGCAGCACACAUCUCCAUCCAAAAGCAUUCCCCACAUACCCACCACACUCAAAACGCAUUCACUCCCAAACACUCAUCACGUGGUGAUGGCAGCAUUAAGUUCCAUUUGCAUUGCUUAGCAUAAGAGGUUAAGGAUUUGGCUUUAAGGCUUGUGCGCAAGCGAAACGGAAAAAAUUCUACUGAAAAAUGGAGCGACGCGGGCGCAUUCCGGUGGCCAAGUUUCGCACCCAGGAGGCCAAGACUCGCAGCCGGAGUCGCGUGCGGGAGCCUGACUACAACGAGCAGGACCCGGAGCACGAUAUGUUCACCUUGCUUGAGGAUAACAUUGCCCUGAGGGAAGAAAACAAGGCUCUUAAACUGGAGAUCGAAACGCAUAAAACCACACAGGAGGAGCAGCAGACUCAGCAUGAGAAAAUGUGCGUUGCGCUGGAGUCGCUACAACAGCAGCAGUCAAAUUUUGAGACUCAAAUCAAGGAGCUGAGCUCAAAGUUCAACAAGGCUCUUAAUGAGCGAAAUGCUUUAGACAAGCUGCACAAAAUGAAAGUCGAUCAGAUUCACAGUCUCACCAGCGAGAUUGAGCACAUGCGCGAGAGGCAACAGGAUCAGUCCCCUCAGAUAAGUCCCCGUCCGGUUCUCGGAUCCGUGGAACUCAAGCGAAAGCUUUUCAAGAUUUUGCAGUCGGGCAGCGCAGACAGCGCUGAUAGUAUCGGUACUCAAGAGCUCGAUAGCCUGGUCGAGGUCAAUUCGGAUGGCGUGCCUAUUACCAGCGGCCUGGUGGAGCGUCUGGCCGAUGAGUUCCUGACUCUGAAGCAUGCCACCAACGCCGUGGAGCUCCAGUUGUACGAGGCCAACGAAAAGAUGGCCGAACUGUUGGAACAGCAACACUCCCUGGAGGAGGAGAACGAAUCGCUGCGCACGGAGAACAGCAACUUGACGAAAGUGGCUAAGUUGCUUACCGAAAACAUGAAGGAGAGUGUGGAAACUAGCCAGAAAAUGGAGGCAGCUCUGAUCAAGUUGAAGCAACGCAAUGAUGAACUCACGGCGAAGACACGCGAUCUGACCGAUGGGCAGCCGGGAUCCAGAACCAGCACCUCGUCCAGCGUGCUGAACGAACAGGUGGAGUUCGAGCAGAUCCAGGACCAGGUUCAGCAGCAGGCUAGGGAGCACAACGAGCGCAUUGUGGAAAUGCAAAGUCUAAUGGAUGCGGCUAUAGCCAAAACUACUAACGAUGAACUAAAAAAAUUACAACUUAAGUUGGAGAUUCUCGAGGAGCAGCUGCGCGAGGCAGUGACGCGGGCUGAUCACGCCGAGGAGCAACUGGCGCGUUACCAGCAGUCCGAGCAAAAGUCGCUGGCUGCUCCGGUCGCACCCCCAGUUCCACCUCCCCCACCUCCGCCACCGCCCAUGCCGGGCAAGCUUUUCGCUGCCGGCGGAUUGGUGUCCGCUGGCGGGGAUCACGGCGGGGGCAGCUUCAGCGACCACAUUGCCGGACAUUGCUUGCGCAAGGGCAGCGGCGACAAGAUCAUCGACAAUGUGAUGCAUCAGGUACAGGCCGGGGCAGCAACAGGUCUUGACGCUUUAGUGCGAGAGUUCAAGUCGGGCGGCGUGACCCUGCGGAGGCGCAACCGCCGAAAGACGGGCACCAGCGAGGCCCUCAAGGAGAUGUUCCAAGUACUAGAGAUAAGUCAGAAGCAGAACCGCAACUCAAAGAUAUGCGUGGACCUGCACUCCGCCCGUGGAGUUGAUGUCUAACCCCGAUCCUGCCAUCUUUCUCAACCACUCUCUCACACUUUGGUCUCAAAUCUCAGGACCCAGCUGUCCCUGAACAACGAACAUUCCGUGCAUUUUCAAAACCGUAUUAUUGUGUGCCUUUUCAAGGAGGAAACCGAAGCCAUUUUACAAACAAUAUUAAUCUUAAGCCCAACUUUCGAAAUGAAACUACUUCAUACUACUUUAAUUUAUAUAAACUAUUAUUUUACCUAA